CAGCCAACGUCGAAUUUUCCAUUGAUGACUUGAUGAGCAGAUAGACAUUGACAGCUUCGUUAAGUAACGUCACGUAUAUUGUUCAGUGAAAAACUAAAGACAGCCGAAGUUUGUUGCCCUGAGUGCUGACCGCGGGCAAAGCGAACCGCCGUAUACGCUUGUAGUAUCACAGAAAGUUGACUUGGAAAAAUGUCUGAGAAGAGGCCAAGCGUUCGUUCGACCCUGCGGAAGUACGGAGAGAACACCUCGGCACACGGCAUCCCCCGGGCCGUCACCACAAAGUCGCUGCCCCGCCGACUGUUCUGGACGUGCCUGUUCCUGGCAUCCUUCAGUUACUUCUUGUACCAGGCCCAGACGCUCGUCAACAAGUAUCUGGUUUAUCCCGUCAACACAGACGUGAAGAUCGAGUGGUCGGAGCUGGAGUUUCCCGCCGUGACGAUCUGUAACGCCAACCCUCUCCGCUAUCGCGAGCUCAUCAAACGCGGGAGCGCGGCUUUUCAGAACGCCGGCUUCAUACCUAAACCACAGCCACAAGGUCAGAACAAUCCGAACUCGAAUGGAUCGACGCCAGCCACAGGUAGCACCACAGUAGCUACAGCGCCAACAACUACGCAAAAUAGUACGAGUGAUGAGGAUGAUGAUGAUUAUGACUACGAUGGCUACCAUGGUGACUUUGAAAUGGUCAACUCCUUCAUGGGACUCCUGGUGCAACUGACCGCCUCCAUGAGACAGUCCCUCGGGCACCAAGGACGGGACUUCAUCCAGGAAUGUCAGUUUGAUGGAAGAACAUGCUCACACAGGAAUUUCACAACAUUUGAGGACAGUACUUAUGGAAACUGCUUUACCUUCAACAAGGACAAGGAUGGGGAAGUGUUACACACAGCCACAAGUGCAGGGCCUUUACAUGGUCUGUCUCUGAUAUUGUACAUAGAACAGGAUGAGUACAUCCCCGCCAUAGCGGAGAAGGCAGGGGCACGUGUGGUGAUCCACAACCCAUACGUCUUCCCGUUCCCAGAGUCCGAAGGGUUUGACGCAGCCCCAGGGUUCCUAACUUCCGCCGGACUCAGACUGACGUCCAUUACUCGAUUAGGUGGCGUGUACGGGAACUGCACCAAUGGACAGGGCCGUCAUCUUCUCUAUCCUCAGAUGUACUCUCAACAGAAUUGUCUUGCCACCUGCCAUCAGGAACACAUGGUGGAGAUCUGCGGCUGUGCUGAUGUCACCUUCCUCCAGCCGAAUGGUACAGAAUUCUGCAACUCUUCAAAGUCUGUCGUGGAUUGUGAGGAAAAGGUGAAGCAGCGCUUAGGAAACGGAAACCUGACGUGUCAAUGCCCGAUCAGCUGCAUGGACAGAAUCUAUCGGAAGGCAAUAGGUUUGAGUGAAUGGCCUGCAGACUCCUACGUGAGUACUGUAUUGAACAAGCUCAAGACAAAAAGGCGUGGUCCUGGGACAGGAAUCCUGGAUGAUCGAGAUGAGUUCAAGAAGAACCUUCUGAAGUUGAACAUCUACUAUGAAGCCUUAAACUAUGAAACCAUCACUGAGUCCCCUGCAUAUGAGGUGGAGAACCUCCUGGGUGACCUGGGUGGCCAGCUGGGCCUGUGGGUCGGGAUGUCCUGUCUGUCUGCCAUGGAACUCCUGGAGUUCCUAGUGGACAUUGCCAUCAUCCUCUGGAAAAAAAUGUCCAACCGGGAAAAAACAACCUCUCGCAACAAUGUUGUAAAUGUAGCGGAAACUGGCAAAAUUGGUACGUCUAACGGUCAUACCAUCCCUAUUCACAUGACUGAAGUGAUGUAGGGACAGUCCCAGAUGUUAACUCACUGAUUACUGACCUCUUUACUGACUACUUCUAGAACUAGUCAAAAAUUUCCCAUUCAUUGUUCAGAAA